AUGCCUCCCUCAAUACCCUGCGCCCUCUCCCGCAGGGCCGCGCAGUCGAUCCAUGGCUCGACUGCCACGGCCACGACCACGGCCACGUCCAUCUCGUCCCUGAGCCGGGCCUUCUCCGCGACCUCGCUCCGCCCGACGAACCAGAUCCCGCCCGAGUCGCCCGCCUUCAUCAACGUGCCGACGCCGCCCCUGUCCCAGGCCAUCGAGGACAAGAAGCACGACCGCUUCGCCCGCAAGGGCCACCUGCCCCUGCCGCGCCGCAUCUUCAAGCGCCGCACCUACGAGCUGCCCAAGCACGACCCCGUCUUCCUGGCCCAGUCCGCCCCGGCCCCCACGAGCGCAAAGUCCCAGCUGCCCCCGGGGAGCGAGCACGAGGCCCGCCGCCGCCGCAUGGCCGAGAACCGCCGCAAGAACUUCAACGAGGGUGUCACGGAGCUGUGGGCCCGCAAGCAGGCCACCGACCGCGCCCGCCUGUCCCAGCAGGCCUCCAAGCUCAACCUCAACCGCCAGCAGACGAACAAGGCCCAGCGCCUCGACGAGCGCUUCACCGAGACCACCAUCCCCGCCGCCGUCCUGCAGACCCACGUGCCCCAGGACCCGGAGCGCUUCGACCGCGCCCUCGCCUCCCAGGCCCGCACCGCCGCCAUCGCCGAGGCCAAGGCCCAGGACCGCAAGGACGCCCUGCAGCACCUGUACAUGUCGGCCCGCUCCUUCAUCGUCGACGAGGCCGCUCUCGAGAGGGAGGUCGACCGCGUCUUCGACCCCGCCUACUUCAGCAAGACCCUGACGCCCUCGGGCAAGACGUCCGUCAACGCCUGGGACAUGUUCGGCGCCCCGUCCACCGUCAGGAACAUGAUGGGCGAUGUGCUCCGCACCGACAACAAGGUCAUCAACGCCUCGGACGAGAGCACGCGCACCAGCAAGCGCCAGAGGAGGGUGGCCGAGGAGCUGACCGGUGGUCCCAUGGAUGAGGUCUGA